CUCGGCGCGUGCCUCAGGCCGCGAGGUAGCAGCAGCGGGGGGGGAGAAGGGAGCGGCAAGGGCCACGUCCAUUGGGCGGGAACCCCCCGGGGUGAGGGUCGUCGCCUCCCCCCGCGUUGUGUGCACGCGGAUACGUGGCCAGCAGCAGCGGCAGCGGCAACAACAGCGGCAGCAGCCUCGUACGUUCAAGCCGCACAUCGCCAAUUCAAUUUCGCCAAGCAAGCAGCAGAGAGCAAGAGAAGCCGAGAUUCCCCGACCCCCUUCCCUCGCGUUCCCCACACACCCACACACCCAGCUGAAAGGCGGUCGCCGAAUUUCCCUUUCGUUUAACUUUUUUUUGUGUUCGCCUCGCAGCGCGCGACGGCCUCCGGCGGCGGCGACGACGCCGCCGCGUCCAUGUCGCGCUCUGCCGGGCAAGGCGCCUGCCGCUCGGUAGGCGCCGCUAGCCGAGGCGGCGUGUACCCCGAACGCAUCGACGGCGGCCUUCAUCUCGCCGCCGCCGCACGUUUCGUGAUCCCUUCUCUCGCCCACCGACGAUGAGCCCAGGGGAACGCUGCGCGGACGAGAGGACAACGACGAGGCCGGGAGCUGCGUCGCGGACGGUGUCAAGUUGGUCGAGGCGUGAAUUCGCGAGGUUUAUGCGAGCGGCCGGGCUGGCCGGGCGAGACCGCAUUGUGAAAGGGGGGUGUGGGUGGCGCGUCAAGUCCAGGCUGCUCUCUUCAAGGCUGUUUAUUAAUCGAUAUUGUUUGUUAAUCUAACUACAUAAGUGGGCGCGCUCAAUGCUCGCCAGAGUCUGCACAGCUGCCGCGCGCGAGACGCACGCACCCCGAAUUGGGACGCCUCUAGACGCGCAGCAACAACAACAACAACCAACGACGAUGGUACCUCGGGCUACAUUCCAAACACACAUUGAUGGCAUCGGCCAACUUUCGCAAUACAGGAUGGAACUGAAAACGUAUUAAGGGCUCUCAGAGGCUCCUGUGGAUAGAUAAGGGGGGGGGGGGGGGCACUGUCAUUGUUUGUGUUCGUUUAUUAUUACGAUGCUAGUGUCAGAGAGGGCAGCCUCUGCACUCUCAUGGGCUCUCCGAUCAUUCCUGCGGCUGCCACUGCUGAGCCACGCCGUGGAGCGGCUGACGGCGGGACCGUCGGAGCCCCAACACCACCACCAACAACACCACCAGGAGGAGGUCGGCGGCGAUGGGGUGAUGAUGCUGGCGCCGUCGCCCCAGGGGGACAAGGAUUGCGCGGGCACGGCGCAGGAGGAUGGCACGCAGGUGGUGCUGGUGCCGGAGCAGGAGAAGAGAGACACCCGGGGCAGCAGCGCCCUCCUGGGCUACGUGAGGCCGUGCGCGCUGGGCUGCGCCGCGUCCCUCCUCUGCCUCGGCGGCCUCCUGGCCGUGCGCGUCUACGUGAUGCGAGACCUACUCGAGUGGCUCCAGGAGGUGGACAUGGCCGCUGGGACGCUGCUGUUCGUGCUGGGCUUCGUCCUCGUGUCCUUCCCCUGGGGCUGGGGCUACAUCGUGCUCAACGUCGCCGCCGGGUACCUCUACGGGUUCCUGCUCGGCCUGGCGCUCGUCGCCGCCGGGGUGCUCAUCGGGACGUUCGUGGCGCACGUCGGCUGCCGCCGGUGGCUUGAGGGCUAUGCCGCGGCGAGGUUGAGGUCCAGCGGCACCAUGAGCGCGGUCAUCAGGGUGCUGGAGGGCGGAGGCGGCCUCAGGGUCAUUGCCCUGGCAAGGCUCACGCCAAUCCCUUUCGGCCUGCAGAAUGCUGUGUUCGCGGUCAGCCGCGUGCCUACCCCCAGCUACCUGAUUGCCUCGUCACUGGGACUGCUGCCCACGCAGAUCCUCAACUCAUACCUGGGCACCACGCUGCGGACUAUGGAAGAUGUCAUGUCGCAGCAGACUCUGGGUGGAUACGUCAUAUUUCUCCUUCAGCUGUUAAUCAGCGUGGGCCUCAUGCUGUACGUGGUGCGGAGGGCCCGCCGGGAGCUCAACGAGGCCAUUGCGGCCUGUCAGUCUGACCAGAGUGAGGACUCGCGACCCCUCGACUGCACUUCCGGCAACGGUGGCGGCUCGUAUGGUACCCAGCGGCUGGGGCUCUCCUACACCGAUCAGCAGAACGUGUAGCCCGUGCAAGUGCCGCACCUCCGAUGAUCACGGUUGGCUACGUACGGUGCGAAAGAAGUUGAGCAUGCAUACGUAAAUACGAAGUUACCCACCAAUUCCCGUUAAGGGACGUGAGACAUGUGAAAACACAGCCAAGGCUCGGAGAAAUGGCGGCGAAGCAGCUGCACUUAUUGACCUGUUAACUGCGAUCUGCUUUCUGAAUCGGUGGUGAUGCUUUGUGUGCGUGUGUUCUGACCAUCUCUUAAGGCAGGGCUAUCAGCAAAAACUGUUGAUAAAAAGUAUUUAAGGGAGAAGUAUUUAGCAAGUGCACCGAUAUCAGUUUGCCGUUGUAAUAAAUGAAUAUUGUAAUUCCUUUGCAGACAUUGCAGCCCAAGUGACUUUCUAUUAUUUGUUGGGUAAUUAUUUGAAAAGAAAAAUUCUAUGGCAAUGCAAAUGUUUACAUGUAAAUGUUCAUAUUAAGAUGUAAUGUUUAGUAGUUUUGUUCAACUUCAUUAUUUGGGUGUGCAAAGUUCAAGUCUGUUCAAAAAGAGAUCUUAACCCUCUUGUGGAUAACUACAGUAGUAUUAAUGUGAUAAGUGAACUGUUGUCUUCAGCUUCAAAAACAAAUGUUGGUUACAUAUCUCGGCUAUUAUUACUUAUGCCUUGUCACCUAAUUUAUAUAUGAUGAAUACUCUAUAUAUUUGAGCUUCUUGAUGAACGUAUAAAAUAGUCACGACAAAAUUUGAUCAGGUAUAUACAAACUGGUGAUCAUAUAUAUUUUUACAUGUUUGUUUUACCUCUAAGCUUUGUAUGGAAAAAUUACUUAACAGUGAAAAAAAAAUCCAUACACAUUAUUCUACCAUCAGCAGAUGAAAAUAGCACUGCAAGAUGCCUCUGCAGUGGGCAAUGCAGCCAGAGGUGAGAAAAGAUGGUAAAAGUUGCUCAUGUUUCGGACAUGGGCCAAACAUAGGCUUAUCUGUCCUUUCGGCCGGCAUUUCCCACUGCAGAAGCGUCUUGCAGUGCUAGUUUCAUUUUGUUUUCUGCACCUCGUCUUAAAGUGUUUUCUCAUACCAAAAGCUAUUAUGCUAGGAUAACUGCCAUAGUGUAAUGAUUAGCACACUGGAAUUGCAAUCCAGAGGCCACCGGUUUGAUCUCCUGGUGUGGCUGUUGAAACAAGUAGUUCAAACUCCCCCCCACCUCUAUCCACCCAGCAGCCUAAAUGGGUACACCGCAGGCGAUGUGUGGUGGGGUAUAGUGUGGAUACUCCCACCUCUUACAAGAUGUCUGGCCAACGUGAAAGAGUAGGCCAAAAUACCCUGGAGUGGAAGCCCUUCCUCCAGCAGUGACUUGAGCAAACGGUUGCAAGGCCACACUUUUACCGCAAUUUAUUAACAUUACCAUCGUGUGGUUGUUGACAAAUCUAUUAAUUAAAUCUGAGCUUAUAUUUGUAUUGCCUUGAAAAAGGCUUAGUUCGAAGUAUGCUAAUUAAGGUGCAUGCCUGUUAAUUUAAUAAAAAAAUACCUAAAGAUUAUUAGCAUGUUUGACUUAAUAAUCGUAUUAGAUCCUGCAUUACUUAGCAAUUGGCACUUCAAUAAUGUGGUGUAUUAUACUCCAGGAGAAUGUACAUGCAAAAAGCCAUUAUUGUUGAUGUCAUAAUGAAGCCCCGAUGUCGGCUCUACAUGAUUUAUUUGCUAGUGUACAUAAUCUAGUCAACGUUUCAGCCUCUUAUUUACGUUUGCCCCAUGUGCACAGAUUGCAUCACCAUUUGUAUGAGGAGCUCAACGUGAAAACUGCUUGUUAAAAAAAUUGCAUUUUUUUUCGAAGCAGGCACCUUCUGUACACUCAAUUGCAAAAUGUAAACUGUUUAAAAUGUCCCAUUGUUUGCCAUCGCAGGAGACCGUUUUGAUUUUACGGCAAGACAUGAUGGAGCAGUUCGUCUCCGAAAUACAACAUUAAUGUUCCCGUGUAACGUUCUUUAACUAACCUCUCAUCCCAAGACUAUUUUUUUUGUUCUCAAUUUACUGUCAGAAUGUUUACCGAAUGCGUGCAGCUUGUGGCCUUAACUUUAAGUUUGGCUUCACGCAUGAGCGUGUGUAUUAAUUGUAGAGUGUGUAAGGAGUAUAUGAGUGGAAAGUACCUUUUCAAAUCCAAAUUAUCAGGGCAUAAAAUCAUCUAAGCUAUUUCUACACGUUCUCUAAAGUUGGGUGGUAAUUAUGCAGAAUGGUACCUACAAAAUGACCAAUUACUAUAUAAUAAAUGGUCAUAUGAUAGUGCACAUCUGAGGCAAAUUGUCUACAUUUAGUGCCCAACAUUCCAGGGAAUAAGUUAUUUUAGAUGAGGGAUUGUGUUUUUUUAGGUUCUUUGAAAAAUAUUAUCACUUUCUUCCACAUUAUACCUGUUAAUUUAUGUAUUCCAUAAAACUGUAGUUGAAAAAGUACUUAGAAAAUAUUUGAAUUCCAUCUUCUCACCAUUAGCAAUGAACAUUUUUAACUGUAAAUUAUACUUUACGAUCAGGUUUUCCCAACCAAUUUCAAGAUUCAUAAAUGAUUUCUGGGUAGAUUGCUCAAUUUUCACAAUCAAAUUUAUCCAUAAGAGUCUCAGUUGUGGGAAUUGUUCUUCAACUUACCGGUGAUAUAUAACAAUAAUUGGCAUGUGUAACGCUUGUACACGUAACAAUCUAAUAUAUUUUUGGCUGUGUUGGGUGGUGGAGGGUCUCAUCCACACAAAUGUAGCCAGAUCAUAACAUGGCCUCACCAAAAAAGUUAUGCUUUUUAAAUUAUGCUGUGUAUAUAACAAUGUUAUCAUAACAGCAGCUGCCUUGAGUAAUAGGUAUGAAGAAUCUGUAAAAAUUGUCUUGCAGUGAAAUUUGGCACACCUUACUGGAUGGUAAUAAAAAUCGGUUUAGACAUAUGGAGCCUUGUUUUUACGAGAUGUUUUAUGACAAGAAGAUAACAUUUCUCUGCAUUCUCAGCUGGCUCUAUCGAAAUUAUUUGAUUGUUUUUGCAGGACAAAUAUAUUCCUAAAAUGCCACUGACAUUUCCCCUCCUGACUUCUUCAAAGUGUCAUUGUAACAAAAUAAAUCCUAGAUUCCUAGAACAUUUAAACCGAUUAAGUAAGUCAUUGUAACAUAUAGCAGGUCUGACAAGUUAUAAAAUGUCAUUCUCUUUGGGCCUUGUUUUCAUUUCUCAAAGCUUGUUUAAAUAUAAAUGUUCUGUACCCGGAAUAGACACAUUCGACUUGCAUACGCACACAGGUUUGCACCACCACGAUUAAAUGUUGAAGGUCAUGGAAGGUGGUGAGGAUUAAAGAUUGUGAUUUUUUCUUUAUUUUGACAUUUGCACAGGAAGGAAGAUGUGCUUCACCUACAUUCAUACAAAACCAUACCUGUUUUUUUUCCUUUUGUUUAUUCAAACUAUACUUGAGACGAUAUACUUUUGAUGAGUAAAUAAUAAUUCUGUAGUCCUUUAUCUAUUUAGUAAUACGGUAUAUGUAACGGUCUGUGUAAAUAUAAAACCUACAUUUCAAGGGUGGGACUACAUGUUUUGUGUAACGUUCGUCAAUAUAAUUGAUUCUUUUUGGCGGGGGGGGGGGGGGGACUUGCAAAUAUUGUGGGGGUAAAAAAAACAUUUUAUUUAUUUUGUCUUUAUGGACAUUAAUGUUUGUUUUUCUUUGUGGUGUAGUAUAUUAAGUUUAUCGCAAAUUGAGGGUGUUACAGUAUACUGUACAGUUUGAUUCUCAUUUAUGUAAUGCAAACCUCUUUUUGAAAAGGUUCCAUUGCUUGCGGUGUCAAUGACGAGAUGGAACGGUGACGUUUGAACAACCAAAUUACAGAGAAAACCACAUGAAAUACUUUGUUUUCCCCAUACACACUCCAGGUUCUGCAAGUGUCCACGUGUUAUAAAAUACUCGGGUGCGUUCUCAUGUUGUUCUGAUGCAAUCGGUUUGUCAAUGUCAACUAAUGAUGCUUGUAUUGAAUCUCACCUGUGACAAUUCUUAUUCGAAUAUUUCAUGUUGUAUGUAAUGGCUUUUCAUGACUGCUAUGGGCCACUCAAUGUGAAAAAAGUAUUGAUUAUUGAAUUUAAUCGCUACCUUCACGUGCAGCGACGAACUGAAUUGUCAUGAGGGGGGAAUGGUUACUCUGGUGUAUAUACCCUAUAAAUAGUGCUCAGAAAAUACUUUAGUGGUCGUUUUACAGUACAUCCCUAAGGGCAGGCACUAAAAUGUCACUUUUUUUUUAAAGCCACUGAUUUCCAUUGGUCCUCCAUAUGUGUUGGUAAACGUGGCAGAUCUAUAUUUAUAUAUACCAUUACCUGUACACCUUCGGAAUAAGAUUUUUUUCAUAGCUCAUAAGUUAAUGCUAUGCACAUCUUGAAACAUGCAAAAGAGUGUUUGCUCGUGUGGCGUACUCUUAUUGUGUUUUAACUGUGUGCCACACAGUUGCUGCCGCUUGGUAUGUGCGCAAUAACCAAGUGGUGUACAUGCGCCCUCGCUAAGGGCACCACAACCCCCUUGGAAUUGUAUUCAGCUCAUUGCUCACCAUACCACUGUAUCGGUUUCCCGCGCUUUAUGCGGAUUCAGUUUGUGCGAUUUCGUGCACAUGCGGCAGACCAAUUUCUACCCAAAACUCGCUCCGUGUGAUUUGAAUUCGCUCAUAUGUGGCGAAGCGGUCGGACGCGGGACAACAUUGUGUGUCGUGUGUUCGCCGCUGGGCAGCCAGCUGUCUUGUGUGGUCUUGGUAUGUGCCCCAUGUUUUUUGCAACAUCUACCGCGCAAAGCGAGGAAAAGCUAUAUAAGAAGGUGUGUGAAUGGUUCAAACAUGGUUGGUUUUUGUGUUUAGUUGUCCAACCCCCGCACCUCCGAAUAUCACGGUUGGCUACGUACGGUGCUUAAGAAGUUCCAAAUACAUAUGUAAUGACGACUUGACACUUCUCUUGAGAUGGCACUUUAUUGAAGACACGUUCACUUGACAUCAGAGCGAAACCCCACUGCAACUGCCCUGAGUCUCCCACGCAUCUCCUUUAUAUACCAACCGAGGCCACGCCCCCCUUCCGGAACCUUCUCGCUGACUCUGGACGCUCGCUCCACCAGCAGACUCCACCGUCCUCUUCCAUCACCUGACCACGCUCCCUUCUCGAUCAUUCCAGUAGCCACCAGUCCCUUCGCACUCACAACUGAUACCCCUGUCAUUACCUCCCGUGGCCACUAGUGCAUUCGCACUGUAGGCUGACUCCCCUGUCAUUACCUCCCAUGGCCACUAGUCCACUCACGCCGCAUGUAGGCGCUACUGUCUUUACACAUAUACAUACGAACAAUAAACGUGAUGCGAUUGUCCCUUGUGCAUCAAGCGGAACUGGUAUUUCAUCACCGUUGAGCAGGUUAUUUAGUGGUUUAAUCUGGAAAAUCAAAUGCGAGACGUGGUAUCUGAUUAAAUGUUAACAUACUCACCGGCUGGUAUUGGUACAUUUCUGUAAUUUCGACAGCAAACUCCGUUCUGUUGAACUUAACUCGUGCCCCGACUUUUGCCACAGCAACAUGUAUGUGCAUGUACGGUGCAAUGUUAGCCUUGCAGGCCACGAGAGAUAUGUGUUUGUACUUCAUCAUGCUUGGCAAAGGUGCGGGAGUGCAGAACAAUGAGUGUUGCUAUACUGUCCUCGACUGCCUCCGGCCUAUUACGUCUUUAUUUUUGAGCGCAUGCUGACUACCCCUCCAAGCACUUAGCUUUCAAGAUCAGCUGAAAUCUGGGUGCAUUCCAUGUGAUUUGAUCAUCGGCUGCCUUGCUUAUAAUUUAUGUAAUGUUAUUGGAAAUGUAUCGCCUGCCGUUGGUUGUACAUGUACAUGGUGGUUCAGAUGUGUUGUGACCCCCGUUUAAUUAUCGAAAACGUAAUAUUGUUUAAGUAAGGUUUAUUUAAAACAAAUGAAUAUGCAAAGGAAAAAAUGUUAGCGGUCAAUCAAUAUGGGUCACGAGACAUCUGGACCACCCUGUAUAACUCCUUUUGGCACUCCACUGGCAGAUGAAGGCCUCCUCACACUGCAGGUUAUAUGGGUCACUUGACCUAACUUCACCAUGCUUCUCAUUGUGGGUUGGUGAAGGCGGUUAAUAUAGAUGUGGGAGCAAUUUAAGUACAGUAUAACAAUAACUAUUGUCUAAUUGCUUUCUGUUUCCCAAAACGUAGCCCCGUAGCCUAUGACAUCUGUUAUGAUGCAUGGGGAUCACUUCUCCAAGCACUAUCCCCGAUUAAUCCUGCUUUGCUUCAGAGUUGGGGCGCAUUCUAGGUGAUUUGGUCACAGGCCAGUGCUGAAAAUGCUCACUAUUCUAAACACUACAGCUUAGACUCAGAUCCUGUUAUUUAUCACUGGGCAUAGUUGUGGUGGGUAAAGGUUAAACCAUUUGCGGGACGUGGAGGUUUGGUAAGGGCCUGGUAUUUGUUAACGCUAGAGAUUGAGCUCUCUUUGCCGUUGACUUGGAAGACAGAAAAGUUACACGUUCAAUUUUACAAAUAUGUGCUUGCCAAAUGUGAACUCAUCAAUAUUCAAAGGCUCUUACUCUGUUAAUGUACAAAAUGUUAAGUGUGAACCAGGCACCUUAAUGUUGCAUUGCCUGCUAUUUAUAUUUUAAACAUUCUGCUUUUU